AUGAUGGAUACAAGAGGAAAGAAGAAGAUGAAGGAGGUAGAGCCGUCAAGGGUGGCCAACCGUAUAGUAUUGAGGUCGCGUUGUGAGGAAGCAGAGAAUGAGCGUCGACGUGCUAGACUUGUGGAGAAUCCUUCUCCCCCGGCUCCCGUGCCUUUUGACUUAGAUAGAGCUUUUGAGGGAGUGGUUGAGUAUGAUGGCAGUGAUGACAAUUAUGAUGACUUCCCGGAUGUAAAUGAUGCUUUCUUCGAGAGCAACCAUCCGAGUGCAGGUGGUUCUAGUGGACCUGGAUUAGAGCCUGAGGCUCCUUUUGUGUCUUCUUCGUCCUCUCAGUUUGUUCAUGUUAGACGCGGUGGCACCACUGCGUGGUCUUGGCGAGGUGGUGGAUUUCCCUCGACCUUGGACUCCGGAUUCUCGGAUUUGACGAGGUGGAGCGCUCGGGAGAUUGCAGAGGAGGAAGGGGAAGCAGCAGCCGAUCCGCGCGACAUCGAAUCGGAGUACUCCAGAGAGGAAGGGGAAAAGCUCGGGAAACUCUCUACCGAUGAUGAAGAGGAAUUCGUCUCUGCCGCUUAG